CAACCAGUUAAUAUUUUCUACUAGACGAACAAUCUUUAAAAAUCAAGCAAUGGUCCAAAGGGAAGAAACAGGCACGAUAUACCCUAAUGGCUUAAUUAAAACCCGACGUUAAUCAGGAGAAUCCAAUCUUUCGAACACACCUGCCUGUGUUUUGGGCCAGGCCGAAGGACUUGUCACUCACAUAUGGUUCUUCUGUGCUUAUCAGUCUUAUAUCUGUAUAAUGUCAGUUGAAAAUUCGUCCGAGCCGGAGCUUCUAAACUUCUUCAUAUUCAAUGCUAGUUACGGACAGAAGGAAGGUCACGAGCAUGAAAAAGUAUUAUUUUACCAUCCAAGUUCUACCGAGAUAGACAUACAAGUCCGGCAUGUUGGGCUGGCAGAAGCUAUUACCAGAUUUUCAAGUACAUUCAAGAAAGAUGGUGACUGUGAGGCUGUGCACACACAGAAGACUCGGCAAGCCUUUUACCAGCCGGAACCCAACAUCUGGAUGGUUUUGCGUAGUUCGGUGCAGCGUAAUGUACUAAAAGCUAACGUGGCGCCCUUCGAGCGAGCGGCCGCCCCGCCUCUCCCUUCGGCCGCAGGGCGACUCGUCACCGCCUGCGGAGGCCCUGCCGCUCCCAAGGGCGGGGGGCCGUCCUCCUGCGGCGGCGCGUGGGGUUUCUCGCCCGUCCCUCCUGCGGGAAGUAGUCCGUGCGUGGAGGACUCGGGGUCUAGCGAUGACUGUGAUUCAGCAAACGAUUCAGAAAUUUUGCUCAGGACGCCGCCAGAAAUUACUGAAAUCUUUUUCACCUGUUUCGCAAACGAACGAACGUCGUUCGCGGUCGUUCUGAAGGUAAAUCUUGGGCGAGAGAGGAAUGGGACGCCUCGGGAAGUCCUGCAAGUGCGCGGGGUUCCCGGGCGAGGCGCCCCUAUAAAUACAUUGGGGAGGACUUUCUGCGUCUCAGUUUCUCCCCAGUGGUGUCGCGAGCAAGGUCUUCCUCAGAGCAGAGGCCAGGCUGUCUUGAGCUGGCUGAUUCCCUGUCGUGCGCCGCCGCCUUUCCGCCGUCUGCCUCGAGGGGCUACCUCUUCCGGGGUCGCCGCCCGCGCUCCUCCUCUGAGAGUCAUGUUAAGCUUGCUGUCCAGGUUCGUGAUCGGUAGCGAGUUCGAGGAGAACCUGAGAGAGAGCUGCGACAGCUGCGCCUCCUCCAGCAGCCCCGAGGACACCGACGAGGAGCUCCUGAGCCCACCCAUGCCCGUAAUCAACAUCGAUCCGACGGAGCUCGCGGAGGAGGCCUUCGACGCGCAGCGGAGGGCGCGCGACGCCAAAGGAGACCACUCGGAUUCCCUGGAGGACAUCAGCAAUGACUCGGCCAUCGAGAGGGAGGCGGAGCCGCUGCCGCCGCCCGCGAUCCCCGGCAAGGACGUGUGUCGGUGCAUCGUGGAGCUGGUCGAGUACUACCUCAGCGACGAGAACCUGGUGAAGGACAUGUUCCUCCUGAAGCACGUGACCAAGCACCGCGAGGGCUACGUGUCCCUCAAGCUGCUCGCCAGCUACAAGAAGGUCAAGCGCCUCACUAAGGACUGGCGCGUCGUGGCGCACGCCCUCAGGUCGUCCAACUCGCUCGAGAUGAACCCGGAGGAGACGAAGGCUCGCCGCCGCCACGGCCUGCCGCAGGAGCUCGAGGAGGACACGCGCCCCUUCAGGAUCAUCAUCGCCACGCACAUCCCCAAGGAGCUCGCCAACAUGAACAACAUCGCCGAGUACUUCGCCAAGUUCGGCGAAAUGAUUUCAUUGCAAGUCCACAAGCCGGGCGGCCGCACGCUGGACGAGGUACGCCUGGUGGAGCGCCUCCACCCCGGCUCCGCCGCCACCGUCUGCGCCCUCGUCGAGUACGAGAAGGUGCACUGCGCCCGCCAGGCCCUGCGGACCAUCGCCAACAGCGCCGAGGGCGAGAUGAGGGCGGUGGAGAUGCCCCGCAAGAAGCGCGAGAUGGGCUCCCUGCUGGGCAUUAAGUCGCAGAUGGACAACGAGAGCUGCUACUUCAGCGCCUCCGACGCGUCCGAGCCCGCGUCGCCCGUGUACCGCACGCGCCACGUGCGCCUCAUGUCGCCGUCGUCGUCGCUCGCCUCCUCGCCCAGCGUGUCGCCCAUCCCGCAGCGGCGUCACGGCGCGGCGCCGUCGCUCUCGCCCGAGUCAUCGCCGCCCUCGCCCUACGGCCGCCGGCGGGGCCCGCCCACGCCCUGCUCGUCCCCCGAGGACAGCGCGGCCGUCCGCUUCCUGCUGUCCAGUGACUCCUUCGCCCCCUUCCCCUCGCGUUCCGACGUCCCGAGCUCGCUGCCGCUGCCGCGCCGCCACAUGCCCUCACGCGGCAUGGCGUCCCCGGAGCCCGCAUGGCGCCGCGGAGUCAACAGCAGCAGCAGCAGCUCGCCCGACGGGCCAGCGACGCCCCUGAGUCCGUGGCUGCGGCGGCGCGUGCUCGCCAGGGCGGGCGACGGGCCCGGCAGCUCGGCGCUCUCGAGCCCGUCGACGUCGCCCGCCCUGCGGCGGCGCAACGACUCGCCGAUGCCGCUGCCCGACAACGUGGAGCGCCUGCCGAGGGGGCCCGACGGGACGCGCGGCUUCGCUCGCCGCCCGCUGCUCAACGCACAGGCCUGACCGCCCACGCACGCCCC